UUUCAUCAUCCUCGAUUUGAAUUCGCGAUACCUUCGUCGCGUGUAAUUCCUACUCUAGGUAGUCAGAACAAAAUGGACGACGACUUUGACGAUGCCGAGCUCCUCCAAGCUCUCGCCGCCUCCGAAGCAGCAGCAGCAGCCAGACAACAACAACAACCCCAACGCCCACCAGCACCACCACCACCACCAGGUCGCGGCAUCGUCCAACCCACUCCCCAACGCCUUGACAAACCACCACUCUCCAACUCCUCCUCCUCUUCCACUGGCCCGCGAAUAGUCCAACCCACCCCACAAGCCCUCCCCGGCGCCCGCUCCUCCUCGGGCUCCUCCAUCCUCGUCUCCCCGCGCCAAAAAGGCAACCCCGUGCUCGCCUCCAUCAAGUCCACCGCGUGGGAAUACUCCGACAUCCCCGCCGACUACGUCCUCGGCACCACCACCUGCGCCCUUUUCCUGUCUCUCAAGUACCACCGUCUGCACCCAGAAUACAUCUACACGCGCAUCCGCCUGCUGCAGCAAAACCGGUACAACCUGCGCAUCCUGCUCACGCUCGUCGACAUCCCCAACCACGAGGAGCCCCUGCGCGAGCUGUCCAAGACGUCGCUUGUCAACAACGUGACGGUCAUCUUGUGCUGGUCGGCGCAGGAGGCGGCGCGCUACUUGGAGCUGUACAAGUCGUACGAGCACGCGAGCGCGAGCGCGAUCCGAGGCCAGCAGAAGACGACGUACGCGGAGCAAAUGGUGGAGUUUGUGACGGUGCCGAGGAGCGUGAACAAGACGGAUGCGAUUGCGCUGGUGAGCACGUUUGGGAGCUUGCGGAAUGCGAUCAAUGUGGCGACGGAGGCGAAUGGGGAGGAGCGGUUGGGGAACGUGCAGGGGUGGGGAGAGAAGAAGGUGAAGAGUUGGAGGAGAGCGGUGGAGGGGAGUUUUAGGGUGAGGAAGACGGCGGCGCAGGGACGGAACAAGGCUGCGACGGGUUCCGGUUCCGGGUCAGGAGGGACGCAGUCACGGACGAUGCAGACACAGACACAGACACAGACACGGACACGGCAGAAGGAAACUGGAUCAUUACAGGACAGGAGGGCUGGCGAUACCGGGCACGGGCACGGUCCGAGGGAGGAUGAGUACGAUGAGAUGGAGGCUGUUAUGGCUGCUGCUGCUGAGGAGGCGGGGUCGACGGUGGCUGCGGGCUCGAGUUCUACCAAAAACGACACUCAAGCUUCUCGGAGACAAGAGGAGGAACUGGGCGGUGGGGUUGCUGCUGCGUUGGCCAAAUUGAGGCAAGGAGGUUGAGGAAAUAUCAAGACAUUCGGACACGUUGUCUGGUGGACUAAAACACGCCGUCUGUCCUACGACGAACACGUGGAGAUAUCGAAGAAAGUCUCGAUUCAACGUGUCUCGCCUCAUGUCUUGACAGACACAAACACCACAGCUUACCCCUCACAAGAAAACGUGCGGUGGUAGUAGGUACCUUGCGGCUCGCUGCAGGUUCCUGGACCACAAGAACAUGCUCAUCUUAAACACAAAAUCCGCGCGUGGGCCAAGGAUAAAACAACGUCGUGCACGGAACACAUAAAGCCGUGGUCCACAACUCGACAACUUCUUCUGGACUACUUUCCCGAUUGAACCACACCUACCUACCUAAGUCCCAAGACUCGGUCCUGUUCUAGGUCUGUCUUGGAGACAUUCGAAACCAAAUCAGACGAAGGACUACGUCACGUCCAUAUUACCCAGACAUUAGACGCUACAACAGAUGCACGACCGUUAGAGUCAUGCAUUCUAUCAUCUACCUCUACGCACGCUAUGUGGCUACAAAGAUGGAUCAGGAAAUGCAUCAGUACACCUACCUACAAUACACCCACUACCGUAGACCCUGGCAGCCCUGAAUUGCUAUCUAUCUACCAUUGAAGCAAGUGAAACGAUACACGGCAUCUCGUAUGUGUUGUGUUAUACAUAUGCGAUGGAACUAUAGACGGGUCGGGUGCCUCAAGUUAGCUUGGAGCAAUACAACCCACACAUACCUCGGACUUUUUUCGUCGUGAUGCUGGGUUACAAUCUCUUUUCGAGGAAAACCAGCCAGGAAUCCGGGUUGCUGCUUUGUAUACCUACCUACCUUACUGGUAUAUCUAUGCUGACCUCUUUCGAAUAUCGGUCCAGUCCCAAUAUUGGGUUGGUGCGCGUGGCAGUUACCUAGGUAUCCAAACUACAUCGAAUCUGUUAUGAGUUUGGUUUUAUCGUUCAAGACAAUCAG